AUGUGCCCCAGUGAGAUGGGAAUGCUGUGGCACCUUUGGUCCCCCGUGCUCAUCAGCCUGACCGCCCUUUUCUCCAAAGUGACGGAAGGCCGAGGGAUCCUGGAAAGCACCCAGAGGUUCUCGCUGCUGCCCACCUAUCUGCCCGUGACCUACCACAUCCACCACGCGGACGUCUCCUUCUUCCUGAAGGAGGCCAACCAGGACAUCAUGCGCAACUCCAGCCUGCAGUCCCGGGUGGAAUCCUUCCUCGUCUACAAAUCCAAGGGGCUGCCGGUGCUCAACGCCAGCUACGGGCCCUUCUCCAUGGAGCAGGUGGUGCCCCAGGACCUGCUGCUGCCCUCCAACCCCUUCGGGUUCACCAGCAAGUUCUCCCUUAACUGGAAACUGAAGUCCUAUAUCCUGCGGGACAAGAUCUACCUGAGCCGGCCCAAGGUGCAAAUCCUCUUCUACAUUGUGGGCAGAGACUGGGAUGACCAUCGGGCGGCCGAGAGGCUGCCCUGCCUACGGGUCUUCGCUUUCCGGGAGACCCGGGAGGUGAGGGGCAGCUGCCAGCUAGGCGGGGACCUGGGGCUGUGCGUGGCCGAGCUGGAGCUCCCGGCCAGCUGGUUCAGCCCCCCUACGGUGGUGGGGAGGCGGAAGCCCGCGGAGCAGCCCGAGGGGAGUCCUGUGGAGCUCUACUACACCGUGCAGCCAGGGGGCGACCGAGGGGACUGCACCCGAGAGGAUUCCAGGAACAGCAAUGGCGCUCGGACUGGCCACAGUGACAUGGACGAGUCUGCGCCCCCCUUGCACAGGAUUGGGAGUGUCUUCCUCUACCAGACCCACAGCUCCCCGGCCCUGAGGGAGCUGCGUUUGGACAGCAAUGUGGCCGUUCACUACGUCCCAACCACGGUUCGACAAGGAGCCGUACUGACUUUCCCCAUCUCCAUUUCCAGAAACUCCACCGAGGACCGCUUCACGCUGAGGGCAAAGGUGAAGAAGGGUGUGAACAUCGUGGGCGUGCGAGCCAGCAGCCCUUCCAUCUGGGAUGUCCAGGAGAGCGCAGAGUACACGGGGAGGUACGCACCAGCUGUCAUCAUCUGUCAGAAGAAGUCUGGCGGCUCAGAAAACAGUGUGGACGGCACCUCCUAUGAAAUCAUGCAGAUCGACGUGGAAGUCGAGGAGCCCAGUGACCCGCCCACCACACAGCUGGUCACGUGGCAGGUGGAGUACCCAGGAGAGAUCACUUCGGACCUAGGAGUGUCCAAGAUCUACGUGAGCCAGAAGGACUUGAUUGGAGUUAUCCCACUGGCCAUGGAGGCGGAGAUCCUCAACACAGCCAUCCUCACUGGGAAGACGGUGGCCGUCCCCGUGAAGGUGGUCUCCGUGGAGGAGGACGGCACCGUGACGGGGCUGCUGGAGUCUGUGGAGUGCAGGUCGUCCGAUGAAGACGUGCUCAAGGUCUCCGACAGGUGUGACUACGUCUUCGUCAACGGGAAGGAGAUGAAAGGCAAGGUAAACGCAGUAGUCAGCUUCACCUACCAGCACCUGAGCAGUCCUCUGGAGGUGACCGUGUGGGUGCCCCGGCUCCCUCUGCAGAUCGAGGUCUCAGACACCGAGCUCAACCAGAUCAAGGGCUGGAGAGUCCCCAUCGUCUCCAACAAAAGGCCAGCUCGCGACAGUGAGGAGGAGGAGGACGAGGAGCGGCGGGGCCGCGGCUGCACCCUGCAGUACCAGCACGCCAUGGUGCGCGUCCUGACGCAGUUUGUGGCCGAGGCGGCCAGCCCUGGGGGCCACCUGGCCUACCUGCUGGGCUCAGACUGGCAAGUGGACAUCACGGAGCUCAUAAGCGGCUUCAUGCAGGUGGAGGAGCCCAGGAUCGCCAAGCUGCAGGGAGGGCUGGUCCUGGCCGGGCAGGAGCUGGGGAUGACCACCAUUCAGAUCCUGUCCCCGCUGUCGGAUGCCAUCCUGGCUGAAAAGACCAUCACCGUGCUGGAUGAGAAGGUGACCAUCACAGACCUGGGGGUGCAGCUGGUGACAGGACUGUCACUGUCCCUGCAGCUCAGCCCUGGGAGCAACAGAGCCAUCUUUGCCACCGCGGUGGCUCAGGAACUUUUGCAGAGGCCCAAACAGGAAGCGGCCAUCAGUUGCUGGGUCCAGUUCAGUGAUGGCUCAGUCACACCCUUGGAUAUCUAUGAUGGGAAGGACUUCUCCUUGCUGGCCACGUCCUUGGAUGAAAAGGUGGUCUCCAUCCACCAAGACCCCAGGUUCAAGUGGCCGAUAAUCGCUGCGGAAUCGGAAGGACAAGGAGCGCUGGUCAAGGUGGAGAUGGUCAUUAGUGAGUCAUGCCAGAAAUCCAAGCGAAAGAGUGUGCUCGCUGUGGGAACGGCAAACAUCAAAGUUAAGUUUGGCCAGAACGAUGCUAACCCCAAUGUCAGCGAUGGCCGACCCAUGGGGACAGGGGUCCACCUGGAAAGUGACGUUGGGGAUCGGAGGUCCAAAGCACCCCUGCAGGAAUGGGGGAGCCCUGAAGGCCAGUACCUGGGCAGCUCUUCCAUGGGACUCAUGGAGGGAAGAGGAAGCACCACCGAGAGGUCCACCUUCCAGAAGAAGGAUGGCCAGGGAAGCCCACCAGAUGGUGACAGCCGCCUGCAGACCAUCCCUGUGGAUAUCACCAGUUUCCCAGACGCGGCCGACCUCCCCCGAAGCAAUGUGGAGACGGAGGAGGAUGACCCGGCUCAGGCAUCCAAAGGGCUGAGCGACCUGGAGAUUGGGAUGUACGCCUUGCUGGGCGUCUUCUGCCUGGCCAUCCUGGUCUUCCUCAUCAACUGUGUGGCCUUUGCGCUGAAGUACAGGCACAAACAAGUGCCCUUCGAGGAGCAGGAGGGCAUGAGCCACGCCCACGACUGGGUGGGGCUGAGCAACCGGGCAGAGCUGCUGGAGAACCACAUGAACUUUGCAUCCUCCCAGGAUGAGCAGAUCACUGCCGUGGACCGGGAGCUGGACGUGGAGGAGAGCAAGUACCUCCUGGGCACGCGCUCCCACAAAAGCAUCAAUGGGCAGCUGCUCACACCCACGGGAGUGGUGCUCACGGCCGGGAAAGACCAGAAAAGUGAGCCCCCAACGUCCCCUACCUCGAAAAGGAAAAGAGUGACCUUUACCACCUUCACCGCCCUCUCCCCCGAUGACGGGUGCCCCGCGGGGAGCUCCACCGUGAUGAGCAGGGAGGACGACAUCAAGUGGGUCUGUCAGGACCUGGACCCCGGGGGCUGCAAGGAGCUGCAGGAGUACGUGGAGAGGCUCCAUGAAGACGUGUGA